AAGCUGCAAACUUAUUUCGCCGCUUAAAAUCUGUGGUACCGUUAUUUUCCUAAUUCCCAAACCUAAUUGCCGGCAAAGUGUUUCCUCUUCCGACGAGCGAACCUCACGCUAUUCCGACGAGCGAACCUCGCGCUAUUCCGACAGAUAUAUGGCACCGCCCCGAGAGCUUCAGGGCUUUUACUAUGAUCCUGAGAAGAACAGGUAUUUCCCCAUCAAAGGCCCCAUUCCGGGCUCUUCUUCUAAACCCAAGAACCCUACUCCCAAAGGUCCUCAAACCCCUUCCAAUCAGUUACAGAGUGGUAGGAGUUCUUGCAGGAAGCUCAGAAACAGAACCUUGCCGAAGCUGCUUCAGGCUAGAGAGUUGGAGGGUCGCCAUGUCAUUUAUCCUCAUUAUUGCAGAUGUAACUUUGCCGAUGAAUAUGAGAAAAUUCAAGCAUCUAAACCUGUGGUCUGGAGAUACCGGGGAACAGAUAAGAUGGGUGUUUGUGCUUUGAAACACUUGCGCGUUGAUGUGCAGACUUUGCAGGGGCAAAUUGAAACUGAUGUUUUAUUGACGGGCAGCAUAAAUGGCUCCUUGAGUUUUUCUGAAGUUGGAGGGGUUGGGCAAUAUUUUGAUGACGGGACAAAAUGGAUGGCAGAUUGUGUGAGGAAUUUUGUUAAAGGGAAAACAUUUGAGCGUGAUGAAGUGCGUAAGCCAGUUUUCAGACCUAAUCGAGCUGCAUUGCUUAUGCCCUCCAGAAUAUCUUGUAUAAGGUUGGGUCCAAAGUGCUCACCUCAGGCAGAGAAUGAUGGUUCUGUUGCAGGACGUGUUUUAUUUACUACACUGGGAUCAGAAACGUCAGGUGGAUCCGUUUAUACUCUUGGUCUUGUUGAACCGUUAAAUCUUGGACCAGGUAUACUGAACACGUGGAGUGGACUUGAGGAAAUUGCUUCUUUCAGAUGUACCCUUUGGACAGCAGAAUAUGAUAAUAAUAGACACCGGGCUGUAAUUGAGCUUCAGGGCUUUUACUAUGAUCCUGAGAAGAACAGGUAUUUCCCCAUCAAAGGCCCCAUUCCGGGCUCUUCUUCUAAACCCAAGAACCCUACUCCCAAAGGUCCUCAAACCCCUUCCAAUCAGUUACAGAGUGGUAGGAGUUCUUGCAGGAAGCUCAGAAACAGAACCUUGCCGAAGCUGCUUCAGGCUAGAGAGUUGGAGGGUCGCCAUGUCAUUUAUCCUCAUUAUUGCAGAUGUAACUUUGCCGAUGAAUAUGAGAAAAUUCAAGCAUCUAAACCUGUGGUCUGGAGAUACCGGGGAACAGAUAAGAUGGGUGUUUGUGCUUUGAAACACUUGCGCGUUGAUGUGCAGACUUUGCAGGGGCAAAUUGAAACUGAUGUUUUAUUGACGGGCAGCAUAAAUGGCUCCUUGAGUUUUUCUGAAGUUGGAGGGGUUGGGCAAUAUUUUGAUGACGGGACAAAAUGGAUGGCAGAUUGUGUGAGGAAUUUUGUUAAAGGGAAAACAUUUGAGCGUGAUGAAGUGCGUAAGCCAGUUUUCAGACCUAAUCGAGCUGCAUUGCUUAUGCCCUCCAGAAUAUCUUGUAUAAGGUUGGGUCCAAAGUGCUCACCUCAGGCAGAGAAUGAUGGUUCUGUUGCAGGACGUGUUUUAUUUACUACACUGGGAUCAGAAACGUCAGGUGGAUCCGUUUAUACUCUUGGUCUUGUUGAACCGUUAAAUCUUGGACCAGGUAUACUGAACACGUGGAGUGGACUUGAGGAAAUUGCUUCUUUCAGAUGUACCCUUUGGACAGCAGAAUAUGAUAAUAAUAGACACCGGGCUGUAAUUGGUACAAGUUUAGGAGGUGCUUCAGUGGAUCUGGAAACCAGGAUGGAAACAUGGUUUUUACGUUGCAAAAGUGAUGUUUUUGCACAACAAAUUAUUAAUUCUGGAAAUGUGAUUUUAUGUGGGCUUAGAAAUGGGGCCAUUGUCACUGCAGAUUUUCGUGAGAAAAGAGAAAGUCUUUCUGAUAGACUUAUUAGCCAUCGGAUACCAUAUAGUUCAAGCAUUGGAGGGUGUAAAAAGGAAUGGUUGAAGCUCAAAGGAGACAUAUUUCCUUCCCACACAAUUAGGAUGCCUUCAUCUAUAUCUUCUUUGGUGUCACUUCAGUUUGAUGAGCAGUACUUUCUAGCUAGCGCAAUGGACGGAUCGAUUAGGCUAUAUGAUCAUCGUCUACUUCAGAGGGGUGCUGUUCAAAGUUAUGAAGGGCAUGUGAAUUCUCAUACUCGUAUACAACUUGGUGUCGACCCAACUGAGAGAUUUGUUACGUCAGGUGGAGAGGAUUGCAAACUACGGUUAUGGAGUCUCAAGUCUGGUGAAUUGAUUUUUGAGGAGAAGUUCUCUGAUUCAAUUAUCUCAACUAUGUGCUAUAAAACAUACAGUAGUUGUAAAGCAGAAGAGGGAAACCAAUACAAGCUUGACUCCUCUCAGGGUGCAUGGCUUGGAUCACAUGAAGGACUGUUUUAUAUGCGCUGGUGAUGAGUGUGAAUGGUUCUGCAUCUGCAGGUACAGAACCUCAAGCUGUUGCUGAGCUACCCUAUGCUCACGUGACCGAAAACACGUGAUCAAAAGGUUUUAGUCUAUGGAAAAUGGAAAAUAGGUUAUUGCUGAGAAGAUCUGAUAUUGGGUUUAGAAUUUAGUGUUUAAGAUAACCGAUAGCUCGUAGAUAUGUGCUUACAUGGAAAAAAUUCCUGUUAAAGGCUCUUUGGGAAUUAAAGCUGAUACUAGCAGGAGCAAUCACAUAGCAGAGAUGGCCAAUGCUUUGUAGAACACACUAGGAAAGAUAGGCCAAAAAGAAAAAGAAAAGCAUUGUGCUGCUAAUGGCUUUUUAGCACCAAAAGUUUCUAGUUGACGUUGUGCCUCUACUUUGAGAACCAUCAUAUGCAGGCCAGCCUUAGUAGAGUUAGUGGCCAACAUGGUUUUGUUAAUUAGUGGUUAAAAACUUUCAAUAUUUAUUUUGCUUUUAGAAAUUGAAAUCAAAUGGCUUCAAUAAAUUCUGCAAACUUUAUUGAAAUAGAAUAUAAUAACGAUGUUAUUUGUUUUUAA